AUGUAUGUGAAAUGGUUUGAUACAGUAAUGUUUUACUAUGUGAUUUUAGUGAUUUUAGUGAAUGUCACUUUUUGUCAUUUUCAAAUUUCCCGCCGUUCCGUCCCCCGUACGUCCUGACGCUCGCAGGGGACGGAACCCAGAUGACAGAUGCCAAAUUACAUUGCUGGGGACACUGCAGGAGGGAAAUCGCGGGAGCGCAGGACAAGGUAAGAGAUUGAGGGAUCACGGAGCAGCGCCGCAUAGUAAGCAAGAGUGUAGCUCGGGGUUACCGCUUGUGCUACACUCGGGAAUACCGCCAGGGAGGUUAAGG